AUGUCUCCUCCGAAAGGCAGCUCUAAACCUCCUACCAUCGGCCCCCUUAAGUCCCUAUCUCGGGAACGUCCCUGUAUCCGCUGCCAAACGAUUUUGCAUCAACAGAAGAUGCCCAGCCACGACACCACCGACCCCGCAGAGAUGGUUCCCAUCAAUCGUGCUCUCUAUGUAACUCGUUACACGUUCGAGCAGAUCUUCGACUUUGGCAGGCUCCGCUACCAUUGUCUCCUUGACUAUAACAGGAGCUACAACUACUGUGCCGAGAACGUCUGUCUCCGCGCCUUUUGGGAUGCUCUUGGAGCAAAAGACGAACCACGCCAGCGUCUCUCCGCAAAUUCCUGCGUAAAUCUCUUCCUGCCUACAAUCCGCAAGGAUUAUGCGGCGAGGAUGCUCAUGGGGCCAUGCUCGGAUGAGUACGAUGACUUGUACACCGGAGAACGCGGGCCCCCGAUCAAGCUCCAGGUUGCCACGACUCCGAGACAGCUAAUCGGGCUGGAAGUCACUAUCCAUAAUUCCCCAAGAGUCUAUCCGGCCGUCGGUGCCAGUAAUGCGAUUAAGAACACUCACCCCAGGGUUCUCACAUUUGAGCGUGAGGAAGUUGAGCUUCAGAAAGAGCUGGAGAGGGGGCUGUUUACCGCUGUAGUUGCAGGUAGACGCUGUUGGGUCAAGACAGCACGCUUUUACCUCAAUGCGGAUUCGUUUCGGCGUGAGGUAGAUGCAAUUGUGAGGGCCCCAAGGCAGCACACAAUCCAGCAACUCGUAGGGUUCGUGGUUGUCGACCGAAUUGGCGCGAAUCAGGAGGGCGGAGAGAUGAUUGACGGAAUUGUCAUAAGGUCCCGCAAAGGCAAGGUCAGGCAGUUGAAAGGAAUUCCCUCCUGCACCGGGGAUGAAGGGUGGAAAUGGAAGAGCCAGAUUGGUGGAGCGGUCGAAUUGUUGCAUAGGGCGAAUAUCAUCUGGGGAAGGGCAAUCCCAGAUAAUGUUAUGAUUGACAACGAUGGAAAUGCGCUCCUUAUCGACUUCGCAGGUUGUCUCGAUGGAGACACAAGGAAAGAAGAUAUGGAUGGAUUGUACGCGAUCUUCGGCUUCAUCGAUAGCAUCACCAACAAACCAAUUGACAACGACACGCACGGUUACUCGAGCGAGGACGAGUCCGACUUUCAGUGGAGUGACGAUGAGAACGAGUUCCAAGGGAGGAGUGACGUCGAGAACGAGUACGGUGAUGGCAAAAGGUUUUGGGGGAGGGGUGGUAACGAAAACGAGCUCGGGAUUCAGGGCGACAUUGAUGUUGAAGGCGAGGACGACAUCUAUGCCGCCUAUUGGUAG